CUAAACUUACGGUUCGAAUAGCGGUUGGCUACCCGUGCAAUUCCAGAGCUCCGAGGUUUACCAUACAAAGGGCGAAAACAAGUCAAGUCCAAAGUAAAAUCGCAACAACCAUAAAAUAUCAGGUUAUAUAAGAAAUUCUGUUAUUGAAGAGAUUGAACGUGAUGUCACAUGACCUUCACGCAUAGAUUAAUCACCACUGUGGAUUAACAGUCAUCGGCAUGGGCGUUACCGUUGAUACCUACAAGCCAGGGGAUGGUAAACGAAUUCCAAAGAAAGGUCAGAGAGUCGUUGUUCAUUACACUGGUACGCUCAUGGAUGGGAAAAAGUUUGAUAGUUCCCGUGACAGAAAUAAACCAUUCGAGUUUGUAAUUGGGACGGGGAAAGUAAUUCGAGGUUGGGAUGAAGGUGUUAUUCAAAUGAGUGUGGGAGAGCGUGCCUACCUUACAUGUACUCCAGACUACGCAUAUGGUUCCAAGGGGGUCGACAAAGUUAUCCCUCCAAAUGCUACACUGAAAUUUGAUGUGGAGUUAAUCGAUAUAUUAUAACUCAUUCCAGUUUUUCUUACCACUCAAUGCUUCCACUUAAUAAAUUUUGUUCACUAACAA